UAGGAAAUUGUAUUGUUUUUUAUAUGUAGCACAAACUGGUACCUGAACUUGAUUCACUUCCAUUUUACCAUUCUGGACUGUUUUUGAAAGUUGAAGUAGUGUCUUGCCUAGCAUCUCCAUUAUGAAGAGUUUAGUCCUAGAUCCUCUAGGUGUUUAGGCACCUAACUUCCAUUGAUUUCAAUGGGAGUUAGGUACCUAAAUACCGUUGAGGAUUUGGAUCUUAGUUCUUGGGGAAAGACAAAAUAAAUAUAUUUUCUAUGAAAGAAGGACCUCUUGUUAUACUGGGCAGGUCUUCACUUAAAACUCUGCAGCUAUUAUACCAACGGGACAGCUUCUCCCAUCCGUGUAGUUGAUUCACCUCUGCAAUAGGUGGUAGCUAUGUCGAUGGGAGAAGCCCUCCCAUCAACAUAGUGCUGUCUACAUCUGGGGUGAGGUCGGCAUCACUGCGUCGCUCAGGGGUGUGGAUUUUUCACACUCCUGAGCGACGUAGUUAUACCAAUGUAAGUUUGUAGUGAAGACCUGGCCUUGCUUACAUACAACUUUUUUAAGACAAAGGGGGACACUGAAAGAUAACUUUAGGCUGGGAUAGAGCCUUUAUUCGGAUAUGCCAUAGGUAAUAUUUCUAUAUUUUGUAACAUAAGCUUGGUGCUGGCUUGGCCUAGUUUUUCAUAGUAUCCUAACAAGACAGGAGCCUAUCUUUUUAUUCAUGGUUUUCUCAAUUUCUUUUAUAUGCCAAAAAAAUCCCUGCUUUUAAGACAGGGAUUGGACUGUGGAUACUAAUAGGUGAGGAAGUUCAAUGAUGGGCAUCUGGGAGAGAAACUGAACUCUGACCUCAGAGAAGGUAGAAUCUGGUGCAGGUGUGUGUGGGCACAAGGAGAGCAAAAUGACCUGAAGAUACUAGACAGUUACAGAGAUGGCUACAAUGGGGGAAAUGGAGCUAAGACUCAGCUCCUCAAAUGUAUUUAGGUGCCUAAUUUCCAUUGAAAGCAAUGGAAAUUAGGCUCUUAAAUACCUUUGAGGAUCUGGGCCUAAAUAAUGCCUGGAGCACUGAAGUGCUGUAGCACUGCUGUAUUGUUUGUUACAAACUUUUGAUGGUUCCUUGUGCCUGGCACUAUGCCCCCAAUCACAGCUUUAAAGUUGGUAUGGGGUCAUGGGAAUCCCAUUGGAAAUCACCACUGCAGGAAUCUCUCAUUUGUUUCUCUACCUGUAAAGUUAAGUGCAUACAUUAUGCACAUAAGUGCUUGGAUCAGGGCGUUGGGGGGGAUAGGGUGAUGAACCUAGGAUGGGUGACAUUUGAGUUCCCAUCAUGAGCAUUGGUUCAACUCAAGUAGCAUUCCAGUGGAGGCUGAUUUGAAUCUCUGGAAAUGGUUUGGGGAAAUUCUUAGCUAGAAGGACUGCUCUGAACUGAUUUAGGGUAAAGAGAAUGAAUUCAUCAAAUGCAUUCAGUGUAAAAUCAGGGUGUCCUCCCUGGGCAGCCUCCCCUGGAAAUGAAAGGGGCCCAGCCCUGGGGUGAAAUGAGCGAAGUAGGAUAUCUGGAAGAUUUAGAGCCUCAGAGGCAUAACACAACUCACAGUGCGGUCAAUCUGGAGCAGAGGGCCUCGGUGCUAGAGAGCGUUAACUGAGCACAGGUGUUGUAGGAGGCGUUUCCAGACACGUUUCGCUUUGUCCUCUGUUCUCCGUCCUCAGCAACAGCUGGAGGAGGCAGUGGGCGGAAGGGGGAUGGAUGCUGGGUCUCUGCGGCUCCAGAGCCCCAGCAUCAGCCCGGGUGGUGGGAGCAUGUGCAGCUGUAGCAGGCACCUGGCAGGGAGCCGCACGCUGGGGAUGUGAAGCAGGCGGGGAGGAAGGCCUUUCCUUGACUCAUCAGAUAAAUCCAGCCCCCCAAGGCGCCUGGUGAGCCGGAGACUGAGCAGCGGCAGCAGCAUGGCAGGGGACAGUGAGCAGAGCCUGCAGGAGCACGAGCAGCCUGGCGGUGGGGAGCCCUUCCUGAUCGGGGUCAGCGGCGGCACAGCCAGCGGCAAGUCAUCAGUCUGCGCCAGAAUCGUCCAGCUACUGGGCCAGAAUGAAGUGGAUUAUCGCCAGAAGCAGGUGGUGAUACUGAGUCAAGACAGCUUCUAUCAGGUCCUUACCUCUGAGCAGAAGUCCAAGGCACUCAAGGGCCAGUUCAACUUUGACCACCCAGAUGCCUUUGACAACGAGCUCAUUGUCAAAACGCUCAAAGAGAUCAUGGAAGGGAAGACAGUCCAGAUUCCUGUCUAUGACUUUGUUUCCCAUUCCAGGAAGGAGGAGACGGUGACUGUGUACCCAGCUGACGUGGUCCUCUUCGAGGGCAUCCUGGCCUUCUACACCCAGGAGGUCCGGGAUCUCUUCCGGAUGAAGCUGUUUGUGGACACGGACGCAGACACCCGGCUGUCCCGCAGAGUGUUACGAGACAUCAGCGAGCGAGGCCGGGACCUUGAGCAAAUCUUGUCUCAGUACAUUACUUUCGUCAAACCAGCCUUUGAGGAAUUCUGCUUGCCAACCAAGAAGUAUGCUGACGUGAUCAUCCCCAGGGGGGCAGAUAAUGAAGUGGCCAUAAACCUGAUCGUGCAGCACAUCCAGGACAUUCUGAAUGGAGGACAUAGCAAACGCCAGAUCAACAGCUGCCUGAAUGGCUACACCGCUCCGUGCCAGAGGCAGCCUUCUGAGUCAAGUAGCCGGCCACACUGACCCGACAUUGGGGUGAGGUUGGGGUGGAUGGUGGUUGGGCUCUGCUGCAGCUGAUCUGUCCGUACUGUGUCCAAUCACACCCCCACCCCGAUAUUUAAGAAACCGGAUGGAGACACAUGCCUUUAAUUUUGUAUCUUGGAAAUGAGAGAGGAGCAUCUGGAUUCCCAGAUGCCGCUGGGGAUGCCUACCGCUGGCUUUGCUCAGUAACCACUCCAGCACAGAACCGUCUAUCAAUACAGAAUCGCUCUAUUUUUGUGUAAAAAAGAACAAUGUAAAACUACUUGCCAUAAGAUAUUUGCCAGGCUUGGUAUUGCUGAGGGCAGCUGGGACAGGGGGGCGGAGGGGGACACACGGGUGCUGCUGGCAUGGGGAACUGGUAAGUGUGGGAGGGGAAAACUGCACCAAAGGCUUCAAACUAGGUGACCAAGUGGCUUAGGAGCCAGAAGCAGCUACCCCAUGGCUGGGGCGUGGGUGGAGGCUUGGUGUGGAGCAUACUGUGAUGCUUUUGCUGCUGGCCUGCGUGGCUUGUCACACAGCUGCUGUGCCUGUUCUGCAAGAGGGUGCUGGGUUUGGUUGGUGGGGAGGGGUGGAGUAGGGAUUGAGGGCUGAAACCUUGGCUGCCCUUUCCUACUCUGCUUUUCCUCCCCCAUCCCUGCUAGCUGCCUGCCUUGCCAAGGCUCCCCAGUGCUCCUGCCUGAGUCACUCAGCACUGCCCCUGUCCCCCAGCUGACUUCCUGCUGGCUGUGGUUUUGGGGCUGGAGUGAUUCAUCCCACAAAGAACUGGCUGGGGGGAGGGGAGGAGAGGAUUUUGAAAGGAUGAAAUUCUGGGCUUGGCUAUUAACAGCUGCUGGUCUUCAGACUCCUGCCACAUGGCUGGGUGUCAGGAGCACCUCACCCCUGUCUGGCUACAAGUGUCUGGGGGCUUUCCUCGGCUGCCUGGAUUUUGGUAGGGGAAGGCCUGGGGCCAUGGGUAGAGCAAUAUGAUAGACAUGAGUGCGCUCUAGCACCACCCCUUGGCCAGCUGCUGAAAUAGCAAGAGCGCCAGGUGAGAGCUCGGCAGCGCCUGUGUAGUGGGUGGGGGUGGGGGAAAACGUGCAUGCUGUCUGAAGUGGCCUUGCUUCUCCAUGAGCGGAGUUUGAGCUCAAGCUCUGCUUACAGCAUCCCUGAGGCUGCUCCCCAGCUGGUCUGUGGGGAGAAGAAAGGCAGUUGGGCUAGAAGCUACAGAGCAGCCCCUCCCAGUAAGCCCCGCAGAGUAAUGUUAUGCCAGGGCAUUGCAGCAUUGGCACAGGGGUGUGUGUCCCAUGCCCAGCUGGCUGUGAAGAGCCUAGCACUGCUGGCACUCUGGGGCCACCCUAGAUCAAGCUCCUCUGAGACUGGAACCUCUGCCCCUAGAGAAGCAUGGCCCCAUGACCAGUUUCUACUUGAAACUCCCAGGGCAAACCACUGAGUGCCUUGGCUGGGAUUUGGGCCAGAGGAUCAGAUUGUGUCCACACUCUCCCUGCUACCUGCCUUCUUUGCCAGCUGGUGGGAUCUUCUCCCUGCUGGUGCUGGGCAAAGCAAACUCUUUUCAGGGCCCUCGACUUAGCAUUGGGCUUGCUGUUCGCUCAGAGCCCCCUGGGCACGUGUUCGUUCUCUCUCUCUCUCUCUCUCCCUAUUACUAGAACAGCAAAGGGCUGAGCAGUCACUGCUAUGGGGAGUACGGUAGAGGGCAGGUCUAGAGGGGCCAUCCUGAUUGGGCUGGGGUGUUAGCCCUCCAAAUUACUUCAGAAUUGGCUUGGUUAAGGAUCUGAGCUGGACUGGACCUGGAGCGAGUUCUCUGCUCCCUGAGAAGGUGCUAAACCCACAUGUGCCUGUAUUCGGACCCCAGCCUGCCAGUAUUGCCUUGGGAGACAGUAUCCCGAAGCACUUGCUCUUUUCACAGAGCUCUGCGGAGACCAAAGCCAUUACAGUUCAUUCCGAGGGGCAGAUGGCCGUGCUGGUUGUGAGUGACUGUGCCAUGAUGUGACACAGACCAUGGGACUUCAAUUUAGUGCCAGUGCUGCAGCUGUCAGGCACAGCUGUGCUUGAGGGGCUAUCACUGUGGUGAUAGGGACCCCCCCACCCCCAAGAGCCUCCAUGGGGGGCGGGAAUGGGAGCAAAGGGAUGGUUCUUCAUGGGGAAGGAGCAGCACUGGAAAGGGUCUCUUCUGCUCAUCUUGGGUUCCCUUAAGAACUGAGGAAUCUCCCAGUACUAACCUUGUCAUGUCCCAUUGAGCUCUGUGCUGUGGCCUCUGCCCUCAAGCCUGCUGGCGCUUUGCUCUCCUUUUGCCUAAGCGGCUCCCCACAUGGGACUGGGUGGCUUCCCUGGGGGCUCACUGUCUUUGUGAGCUGUUCAGUACCAGGCUCCUGUGCUUUGGGGUGAGCCUUCAGAGCUCAGGCUUGUUCUUGUCCCUGUGUGGACAUCUAGAGUCCUGCAAGGCUGCUGCAUGGUCCUGCUCUUGGGCUAACUGAGGAAUAACCUAGAGGCCUGGCUUCUUAGAGAAAAGAGAUGCUUAUUAUUCACUUUCUGCUGGCUCUUCCCUCUCCUCUAACUGAACCGGGCGUGGGUGGAGGCUUGGUGUGGAGCAUACUGUGAUGCUUUUGCUGCUGGGAGAAGUCGUGGUGUGUGAUAGGCUCUCUGAGACCACAAGGGGGCAAGGAAGGGAAUAGAUGCCCUAAGUCAGCACUGCCAGGGCAAAACCAUUUCCUCUCUUCCUCUCCUGUCGUGGGAUGGGAAGCCCUUCUCCUCUCCACCCUGUCCAGAAACCCCUCCAACAAACUCCUGAGGCAUGGCAGUCUCCCUACUCCUGAGACCCAGUGACGCCUGGGUUGCCCCAAGAGGGCCAGAGGCCAGCACUUAGGUAACAAGUGUCUGGAGCCCUACAGGGGGGAGAGGUUUCUAGGGGCUGGAGGCUCAGCCUGGGUGAGGUGGCUUUCAAGACUGAUGUACUGUUCUGCCCUUCCCUGUAAAUAAAGAUGAAAUAACUGGA